AUGUGCUGCUGCAAGGUCUGGAGCACGGAGGACGACACACUGAGACUAAGAGAGGCCAGCUCUCUCACAUCAGCAGCUGGUGGUUUGGAGAACCUGGGGGCUGAGCUGUUGGAAAGCCUGGAGGAAGGCUGGGACCCUGGCAGUGACUUAAGCCCUGCAGAAGUCAGGGACAGCGGGAACAAGGCUGGCCUGGAGCCCUCAGGGUGGAGGAGGAGCCUGCAGCCAGCCCUGAGGGUGAGAUGCUUCUGCAGGGAGCAUGCACAGCUGCUUUGAUGGAUCUGCACAGGCCUGCUAUGUACUGCAUUUGCUGCCUUCCUGCUGAUGGCCUGCCUCCUGGAUUUGCAGAGGGCCCUGGCAUUGUUUGUCCUCACCUGCGUGGACCUCGUCUUCCUGGCCCACAGCCUGCUGAAGAGGCUGCUGGGGCCAAAGCUGCUGAGGUGUGUCAAGCCUCUGGGGCAUCCCAGCCUGAACCUCCGGUUUAAGAGGGAGCCCUUUCUAGCCCUUGCUGCUUUCCUGGGCCUGAUCCUACGGCUGGUUCUGGACACCUCUCAGCGGCCUGAGCAGCUGGUGUCCUUUGGAGGAAUCUGCAUGUUCAUCAGCCUCCUCUUUGCCUUCUCAAAGCAUCACCGCGCAGUAUCCUGGCGGGCUGUGUCCUGGGGUCUUGGACUACAGUUUGCACUUGGACUCUUCGUCAUCAGGACAGAACCAGGAUUUAUUGCAUUUCAGUGGCUGGGUGACCAGAUCCAGAUCUUCCUGAGCUAUAGGUCCAGCUUUGGGGAGGCUCUGGUCAAGGAUGUCUUUGCAUUUCAGGUUUUGCCCAUCACUGUUUUCUUCAGCUGUGCCAUGUCAGUUCUCUACUACGUGAGCCUCAUGCAGUGGGUGAUCCUGAAGAUCUCCUGGCUGAUGCAGGCCACCAUGGGCCCCAUGGCCACGAAGACCCUGAGUGUGGCUUGAAACAUCUUUGUGAGCCAGACUGAGGCUCCUCUACUGAUCCGGCCCUACUUGGCAGACCUGACACUCUCUGAAAUCCACGUUGUCAUGACCAGAGGCUAUGCCACCGUUGCCGGCAGCCUGCUGGACGCCUACAGCUCAUUCGAGAUCAAUGCUGCCUCCUUAAUUGCUGCCUCUGUGAAGGCUGCCCCUUGUGCUUUAGCCCUCUACCCGGACGUGGAGGAGUCCAAGUUCAGGGGUGAGGAAGGAGUGAAACUGACCUACAGAGAUGCUCAAAACCUCUUAGAAGCAGCUAGCAGUGGGGCCGCCAUGUCCGUGAGGGUCGUGACCAACAUCGCAGCCAACCUGAUUGCUUUCCUGGCUGUGCUGGCCUUCAUCAACGCUGCCCUCUCCUGGCUGGGAGACAUGAUGGACGUCCAGGGGCUCAGCUUCCAGGUACAGCUCAUCUGCUCCUACAUCCUGCGAUCAGUGGCCUUCUUGAUGGGCGUGGCCUGGGAGGGCUGCCAGGUGGUGGCUGAGCUGCUGGGAAUGAAGCUGUUUCUGAACGACGGGCGCCGAGAAGUGGGCCGGUUCCAGGAAGCAGUGGAUCUCUGUCAGAGCAGAAAUAUGACGUUUGCCCUCUGUGGAUUUGCCAACUUCAGCUCCAUUGGGAUCAUGCUGGGAGGCCUGACCUCCAUGGCCCCCCAGCAGAAGAGCAGCUUCUCCCAGAUCAUGCUCCGGGUGCUCUGCACGGGGGCCUGUGUGUCUCUGGUGAAUGCCUGCGUGGCAGGGAUCCUCUACAUGCCCAGGGGGCGGGUCGACUGUGUGUCCCUCCUGAACAUGACCCUCAGCAGCAGCAGUUUUGGGGUGUAGUGCUGCCGCCAGGCCUUCCAGAGCACUGAUCCGGAGUUCACCCUAGAGGCCCUGGACAACUGCUGUUGAUUUUAUAAUCACACGAUCUGUGCAUAG